CUCUCCUUCCUCCUGCCGCAGCUGUCGUGAUUCGGCAGCUGCUGGGAGCCAACUCGGCAAUCCGCCAUCCAUUCGGAGGAGGGAAAGCAACGUUAGCCGCGGCCCAUUCGAUAGCCAACACACAUUACAUCGUUACAGAGAAACCAUUGCACAAACAAUGGCCAACAGCUGCAAAGAACACAAGCGCGGCGUUCCACGUCCACCACCAUUGUCGCUCUUCAUCGGUAGGGAGCAAGAGCCAGCGGGCACGCGGACACACCCGGCUGCUGCCGACAACAGCAACAAGAAGAGGAUGUUGUCCAAGCAGCUUUCCAUGAAGGAGACCACCCGGGAGGUCAAGUGGGAGAAGCGGCGGCGGCAGAUACAACGACAAAGGAGCAGCAUGGGCUUGUACGAAGCCGACCGCGUGGGAUGCGCUAACACGCACGCCACUGCGAACGCUGUGACCGAUGAGGACCUGGAUGAGCUCAAGGGAUCCAUGGAGCUUGGCUUCGGGUUCAACGAGGAGAACGGAGGCCAGAACCUCUGCGACACGCUCCCUGCCCUCGACCUGUAUUUUGCCGUCAACCGGCAGCUCUCCGAGCCGAAGAUGCGGGUGUGCAGCCGCUCAUUGCCUUCCCUUUCUGUGGUGACCUCCUCAUCAUCCAUGCACUCCGGCACGCCCAGCCCAGCCGGCAGUCCUACCGCUCAGCCCUCCCUCCUUGACUCGUUGAAAAUUAGCAGUCCAGCUGGCGAGAACCCACAGCUUAUCAAGACAAGGCUAAGGCAGUGGGCUCAGGUAGUGGCUUUUUUCGUGAAGCACUCCCGUUGAGAGCGUUGGCUGCAAUGAACCACCCAUCCUACAAAACCGUUGUACAUCCGAGUGUUCCAUUAAACGACGAGGGAGAGGACAUGACUGGUGGUGCAAUUAACACAACGUCUAACCUUGUUGCUCUGGAGACGCCCAUGGUUGUUGUGCAUAGUUUAGUCUGUAUGUAUGUGUUGGCAACAUUAAUGCACCGCCCCCUGUGUAUUGACAGGACAACAUUUGAUGCA